GGCAAGAUGAAGGACUGGCAGAGAUCGCUGGAGGGACCCCAGAAGAAGCGUGCAGCCGUUCAGGGCCACCCCGAUCCCUGGUUGGCACUGAACUAGGAGUCUGGCUGGUUUGCACCCACCCCGCCCCGGACUGGAUCUAGCUGGGCUGUCAGGGGCCAGGCAGGUGACGGAAAGAGGGGACGUGGCAAUCAGGACAGAAAGGAAUUCAGUCUUCUCAAGGACACCGCGAAAGCCCCUCACUUGGAGUGGAAUGUGAGGCGGUGCACAGGAGAGGGCACUUCAGUGUCAUCUUGCCUUUUACCCAUUGAACCCAUGGAAAGGGCAGCCCCGGGUGGCAUAGGCCCCGUGCACGUACCUUUUGGGCACAUUGUAGCCAAUGAGAAGUGGCGCGGCUCCGAGCUGGCACAGGGCAUGCAAGGGAAAAUUAAGCUCGUUUUUGAGGAUGACCUGACACCUGUAGAUUUUUACCUGUCGAGCAGAUCCUGCAUUCUGUUUGUUACUGAAGCUGAACUGGUCGCAGGAAAUAGCUAUCGAAAGAGGCUUGUUCGGGUUAGAAAUUCCAGCAAUCUUCAAGGCAUUGUAAUAGUUGAAAAAACUCAAAUGAGUGAACAGUACUUCUCGGCCAUGCAGAAGUUUACUGUUCUGGACCUGGGAAUGGUGUUACUUCCAGUAGCCAGCCAGAUGGAAGCAUCCUGCCUCAUUAUCCAACUAGUUCAAGAACAAGUCAAAGAACCCAGUAGUAACCCUUUCCUUAGGAAUAAGCGGGCUCAGAUAUCCGAGCCAUCCCUCCUCAGAACUGUGCAACAGAUCUCAGGAGUUGGAAAAGUCAAAGCUCCUCUGCUGCUUCAGAAGUUCCCAAGUAUCCAGCAGCUGAGCAAUGCUUCUGUCCGAGACCUGGAGCCGGUAGUUGGACAGGCAGCAGCACAACAGAUCCACACCUUCUUCACACAGCCCAGGUGACAGCUCUUCUCCUGGCCUGGACUUCAUUUCCCGCUGGAGACCACCAGCUCCAGGACCUUCUUUUCCACUUCAUAUUUAAAAACCAAGAAGAACAAUUUCUCUGACCUGGGAGAUAGUAUAAUGGUUAUGCAAAAGACUCAUGUCUCAGGUUCUAGUCCCAGCACCACCAUACACCAGAGCUGAGCAAUGGUCUGGUUUAAAAAAAGAGAAAAGAAAAGAAAAGAUUCCCUCUUACAGCAACUAAUGAAAGAAGAGGUGAUGUCUGAAUGGAGCUGGUUGUCCUGCCUGGGAUAUUGAAGUGUGUGUGUGUGUGUGUGUGUGUGUGUGAGUGUGUGUGUGAUCACUGGGGUCUCAUGGCUCUGUGAUGACUUUCUCAGACAGAGAUAGAUACAAAGAGGCAGAGAGAGAGAGUGUGUGUGUGUGGUGAGAGGCCACAACACCAAAGUCUCCUUCAGUGUGGUGGAGGCCAGGCUCAGACUUGGUCUCAUACACUGCAAAGCAGUGCACUAUCCAAGUGAGCUACAAGAUUUUGUUAGCUUGGAGAGGGCUGGUAGAGAUGUUCCCAAGCGAGUCUAUUUAAUUAAUGACUCUACGGACACAGCAAAAAGCCAGCUUGGGCGGAUUGUGUUGUGUGACCUUGACCUACUUGUAUCUUGGAAAAGAGCUUCUCAGAUUGCCCCGUGGUGGUUGUGAUUGUCUAAGGGAAACAAACCGACAAUGAAGCACUGUGUUCCCUAAGCCCCUUGUUCCUGGUUACAAAGCCACUGUUCUUCAGGGCUGGUUUCAAUAUACCUGUGCUUGGAGGACUGCUGCCAGUGUAAAUAAACAGCCCCACUGCCUUUUUA